UUCAAUCCUGGCAAUAAUUGUUAUCACUUCAAUAGCCGGAGACAUCUGCAUCGCGCGCGCAUAUAUCGUCUUCGGUCGGCCAUCGCGCGCGGUUAUCGUGUUUAUCUCUGCAGGCUUGCUUUAAGGGCUAUAGCUAUUAUAUACAUGCACAUCGUCAUUAAGCUAUAGCUCACGUGUAGAUCAUCAUCGUGAUUUGCAACUCGUAGCAGCGGCAACCUACUCAAGCGCGAAAAGGGGCGGCGCAUGUUCCUGCUUGAACUUUUCUUUUUCAUUCGUCUUGCAGCACUUUCUUCGCUGUCCCCUAAAGCAACUACACUUGCAUCGUAACCGGUUCACCUUGAAAAACAAAAUCGCAGUGCAUCGAAUGCUUUUCUAAGCAAAUCACUGGCAUAAUGGAUGUGAAAAAAAUGAAAACGAAUACCAUCGGACGAGAGAACGGAGGCAACAUCAAGGAGGACUACUCAAUCAAUGGUGACUCCUACCAACGUUCGAAGAUUAGCAAUGUUCUUGUCUUUUACGUAAAUGGCAAAGAGGUCAAAGAUGAUGAAGUCGAUCCUAUGUGGACACUCCUUCACUAUCUUCGAAAUAAGUUAGGUUUAGUUGGUACUAAAUUAGGAUGUGCUGAAGGAGGAUGCGGCGCCUGCACGGUCAUGAUUUCAAGAUACGACCGUAAAUCGAAUCGAAUAGUUCACUUCUCAGCGAAUGCAUGUUUGACUCCCAUAUGCGCUCUUCAUGGUAUGGCUGUUAUAACCGUAGAAGGUAUUGGCAGCACUAGAACAAAGCUCCAUCCGGUACAAGAGCGAAUAGCUAAAGCACAUGGUUCGCAAUGUGGUUUCUGUACACCCGGUAUCGUCAUGUCGAUGUAUGCUUUGUUGAGAAGCAUGCCGAAACCGACAAUGACUGAUAUGGAGGUUGCUUUUCAAGGUAAUCUAUGUAGAUGUACUGGGUACAGACCGAUUAUAGAAGGUUUUAAAACUUUCACUGAGGAUUGGCAACAGUCACAAAGGCUAUCCCAAACAAUAAAUGAAAAAAAUGUCGAAUCAAAAGUUUGUGCCAUGGGAGAUGCUUGCUGCAAAAAGGCCUUUUCGUCCGAACCUACUGAAAUAUUCAAUUCCAAAGAAUUUCUACCGUAUGAUCCAUCUCAAGAACCCAUAUUUCCCCCGAAACUACAGUUGUCUCCCAACCACGAUGAAGAGUACUUAAUUAUAAAAGGAAAAGAAAUCACUUGGUACAGACCGACGUGCUUAAAAGAAAUUUUAGUAUUAAAACAACAGUAUCCGAAUGCUAGAAUAGUUGUAGGGAACACUGAAGUUGGUAUUGAAGUGAAAUUCAAGCAUUUUGUAUACCCUGUACUUAUUUCGCCUACGCAAAUUAAGGAAAUGAGGGAAAUAUCAGAAUUGAAUGACGCUAUGAAAAUUGGAGCAAGUGUGACAUUGAUUGAGAUGGAAGAUGCAUUUAGACAACAGCUGAAAAUCAAGCCUGAGUAUAAAACUAGAAUAUUUAAAGCAUCGAUUGAAAUUUUACAUCGAUUUGCCGGUAAACAAAUCAGGAAUGUUGCGGCUAUUGGCGGAAAUAUUAUGACUGGUAGUCCAAUUUCUGACAUGAAUCCCGUAUUGAUGUCUGCUGGAAUUAAAUUGAAUGUUUGCAGUCUUGCAAGAGGUUUCAGGACAGUUACAAUGGAUCACACAUUUUUCACUGGUUACAGGCGUAAUGUUAUCGCACCAGAUGAAAUAUUAGUAUCGAUCGAAGUACCUUUCUCACUUCCAAAUCAAUACUUCGUUGCAUACAAGCAAGCCAAGCGGCGAGAUGACGACAUUGCGAUAGUUAAUUUAGCUCUUAAUAUUCAUUUUAAACCGAAAACAAGUAUAGUUGAAAAAGCUUUUCUAGCAUUCGGUGGAAUGGCGCCGACAACAGUUUUAGCUAGAAAGACUUGCGAAGCCAUGGUUGGCAGACAAUGGAACGAGAAAUUAUUAGAACUGGUUACGAACCGACUUAUCGAAGAACUUCCGUUAUCUGGAGAUGCUCCAGGUGGAAUGAUUUUGUAUCGUCGGUCAUUAACUUUAAGCUUAUUCUUCAAGGGUUUCGUGUAUGUAACAAAACAACUUAGGAACCACGUUUUCGAUGUGGAACCUAUACCAAAGGAUAUCGAAUCAGCCGGUGAAGGUUUUCACUACAUACCACCAAAAAGCUCGCAAUAUUAUCAAGUUGUAUCAAAUAAUGGAAGUACAACCGACCUGGUUGGGAAACCUAUAAUUCAUGCAAGUGCAUACAAACAAGCAACUGGUGAAGCAGUUUAUUUGGAUGAUUUGCCGAAAAUUGUUGGAGAGUUGUACUUAUCGUUCGUACUCUCCACAAGAGCUCAUGCAAAUAUUUUAAAAGUCGAUCCAUCCCAAGCUCUUAAUUUGAAAGGGGUGGUUGCAUUUUUUGAUGCCAACGAUAUUCCUGACCACGAAAAUUCCAUCGGACCAAUAUUGCACGAUGAAGAAAUGUUCAUUUCUAAAAAAGUAACAAGCCAAGGACAGAUUAUUGGAGCUGUUGUAGCCGUGGAUCAGCAUACAGCUCAACGAGGCGCGCGAUUAAUCAAAGUCGAAUACGAAGAUAUACAGCCAAUAAUAAUAUCCAUCGAAGAGGCUAUAAAGCACCAAUCUUUUUUCGAUGGCAGUGGCAAAUGUAUUGUGAAAGGGAACGUCGACAAAGCGUUCGCCGAGUCGGAUCACGUAAUAGAAGGCGAAGCUCGUAUGGGUGGACAGGAACACUUCUAUCUGGAGACUCACGCUUCAUUUGCGAUACCACGGGAGGAAGAUGAAAUUGAGCUUUUUUGCUCAACUCAGCAUCCCUCAGAGAUACAAAAGCUUGUUGCACAUGUGCUUGAUGUACCUAUCAACCGGAUUAACGUGCGCGUCAAACGACUCGGCGGUGGCUUUGGUGGCAAGGAGUCUCGCGGAAUAUCCGUUGCUUUACCCGUCGCUUUUGCAGCUCACAGGUUGCGAAAACCAGUAAGAUGUAUGCUUGACAGAGAUGAGGAUAUGAUGAUUAGCGGGACAAGACAUCCGUUUUACUAUAAAUAUAAAGUUGGAUUCACUAAGGAAGGACUAAUUAAAGGCAUCGAAAUACAUAUUUACAACAACUGUGGAUAUUCCUUAGAUCUUUCUAUGUCUAUUUUAGAACGGGCUAUGUUUCACUUUGAAAAUGCUUACAAAGUGCCGAAUACCAAAGUUUUUGGAUACGCCUGUAGAACUAAUUUACCUUCAAAUACUGCUUUCCGAGGCUUUGGCGGACCUCAAGGUAUGUUUGCUGCCGAACAUAUGAUCCGUCAUGUUGCAGAUUAUUUGGGUCGCGAUGUCAUGGAAAUUUCAGAAAUGAAUUUGUAUAGCGAAGGUGAUGUAACUCAUUAUAAUCAGUUAUUAGAGAAUUGUACCUUGAGAAGAUGUUGGGAUGAAUGUAUUGCUUUAGGGAAUUUUAGGGAAAGAAUGGAAAAUGUAAAAGCGUUCAAUAAAGAACAUAGGUAUAGAAAACGAGGAUUGGCUAUUGUACCAACAAAGUUUGGUAUAGCUUUUACAGCAUUAUUUUUGAAUCAAGCUGGAGCACUAGUUCAUAUAUAUACCGAUGGCUCGGUACUUCUAAGUCAUGGUGGAACUGAAAUGGGGCAAGGAUUGCACACAAAGAUGAUUCAAGUUGCCAGUAGAGUUUUAAAAGUAGAACCAGAUAAAAUCCACAUAGCUGAAACAGCGACAGAUAAAGUACCUAACACAUCAGCAACUGCAGCUAGUGCAGGCUCAGAUUUAAAUGGAAUGGCUGUAAUGAAUGCUUGCCAAGAAAUAAUGAAUAGACUCCAACCUAUAAUAGAUGCUAAUCCAGAAGGUACAUGGGAAGACUGGAUAAAGCAAGCCUACUUCAAUAGAGUUAGUUUAUCUGCCACUGGAUUCUAUAGAACUCCUGGAAUAGGAUAUAACUUUGUUACUGGAGAAGGUAAACCAUUCAACUAUUACACAUAUGGUGCUGCAAGUUCUGAAGUUGAAAUAGAUUGCCUCACUGGAGAUCACCAGGUCUUGAGAUCUGACAUUGUUAUGGAUCUUGGGGAAAGUUUGAAUCCAGCCAUAGACAUUGGACAAAUAGAAGGAGGGUUCAUUCAAGGAUAUGGACUUUUUACUAUGGAAGAAAUGAUAUAUUCUCCAACAGGAACUAUGUUCAGUAGAGGACCAGGAGUAUAUAAAAUACCAGGAUUUGCCGAUAUACCACUUCAAUUUAAUGUUUCUCUUUUGAAAAGUGCAAGUAAUCCAAAAGCAGUAUAUUCAUCAAAAGCUGUUGGAGAGCCACCAUUAUUUUUAGCAUCGUCAAUUUUCUUUGCUAUUAAAGAAGCUAUCAAAACAUACCGAGAAAACAUGAACAUACAAGGAUACUUUAGGCUAGAUUCUCCAGCUACUUCUGCUCGUAUACGAAUGUCAUGUGUAGAUCCAUUGAUCAAAAAGAUUGGAGACGGAGAUGGAAAGAAAGCUUGGAACAUGAUUCCAUAAGCUACAAAUAGAAAAUAAAAAAAAUUUUUUAAAUAAUAAAUUAUGAAUAUAUUUAUGCAAUUGUAAAUGAUUUUAUAAUAAAAAAU